UUCUGCAGUGAGCAAGGUAAUCAAAUCAGAACGUUAUUAUUUCUCCCAAAAGGGUUGUCGAUGAAGCGCACUCACUUUCUGCUUGAUUGAUUACUUUUGGUUUCCAUCCAACUUGAAAUUGUUUGAUCGUCCUUUGAUUUUUACAUAGCAAUCAUAUUCAAUAUUCAGAAUGGUGAUUGCAAAACGAAAUUCCUUCGUAUCUCUUAUCAUAACAUUCUCACUCUUCUGCUCAACACUCCUUGCCAAGUCUUCUCACUCAAUCUCCGAUGCUCAAGUCAGGAAGAACAAGCUUCAGUGCUAUGCUGAUAUUGACAGUGGGUUAUGGGGUUCACCAUGCAAAUCAUCCUUGAUAGCAAGGGAGAAUUGUGCUCUGCGAUGCCUUUCACCAGCUUGUUACGAGCUUAUCUAUGAGAGUGACCCGCUUGAAGAGGGAGAAAAGGACUUUAUUCGGGGCCAAGAGUACAAAUACUGCAUGCAUAAGUUAUCCAUGGGGGAGACCCUUGAGGGUGUUAAGGGUGCCUUUAGCAACUAAUCAACUUCCGAAAUUCUGAAUUGGAGGUGGAAGCUAUGGCGAAUUUACAUGCCCUGUUAAAUUUAGAUAAAAAAAUUCAUGUAAUCAAUAUAUAAUUAUUAAUUUUAGAGUUGAAUAGAUAAUGUAAAAGAUGUUAUACUUAAUCAAUUAAGAAUCACAUGAUUUCUGUGAUUUUUAGGAUAAUUA